AGAAUCCUCUUUACUCCAUCACGGCCGCAUAUGAAGCUCAAUAUCUGAGAGCCAAGAACUCCAGCCUUUUGUCCGUUUCACGAGGUCAAUAGAACCCCGCUUCCAUCUGCUAGUUUGUUAGGAAUAGGACUGGCGACUGGACAGUUUGACUGCUCUUUGGCUGCCCCGGAAAAGAUCAGGAGCCAGAAGGAGCGCAUGAAAGGAACCUUCAUGACGCCAUUCUGCACAGCAUCUCUAAUUGCGUCCUCUCUGUCUGCGUCUAGAUACGGAUAUAUCAUGCGGUUACAGCCACUUAGCCUGUCUACUUUUCCCUAUCUCCCCACAUCCUAAUCCCGUUUGACUAGAACUCGUUGAAGAAGCUCAGACACGAUGCCAAUAAUAUCACCAUUUGAGUCGUCCAUUGCCAAACCAGGUCAAGGCAAAGUCGUACUAUCUCUCCUUCCUCCUUCGAUCCCGACCCUCACGACCUUGACUUACAAAUACCCACUGAAGCUGCUCACACGCGCCCCUGGCUUUGUGCCCCAGUCGUCUGGGCUGACAAGCUCUUCUCGACCUGUUCAUCUCUAUCUUCUCACAUACGGUGGAGGUCUUCUACCAGGCGAUCACAUUGAUGUCUCCAUUACGUUGGAUCCCCGCACAAGACUCGUUGUGACCACACCGCAGGGAAGCACCAAGAUCUUCAAGACAGAGCCUACUGCAAGCGUCAAGGGCCAACGGGGAACACCAGCUCGCGCAUUCACAGACAAGAGCCGCCAGCUAGUCAAUGUACAGAUCGCCAGCGAAGCCGCUCUCUGUUACCUUCCAGACCCAGCCGUGCCCUUCAAGGACAGCCGCUACGAGCAGGUACAAUCAUUCACCGUCGACGGGGCAUCAAAAGACCACAAGAGAAGCAGCCUGUGUGUGCUGGACUGGGUGACGCAGGGCCGCACCUCACGAGGCGAGAGUUGGGACUUCCACCUCUGGAAAGGGAAGAACGAAGUCUGGACACACGACGCCGCGGGCAAGAAGAAGCUCCUCCUCCGCGACUCGAUCAUCUUAGAUGACGAGAUCGAUGCAGUAUGUUUGGAAAAUGACUCAGAGACCUUCAGCCAUAGCAACUUGAUCCGGGAGCGUACGCGACCCCACGGGAUCAUAGGCACCCUGAUUCUGUACGGUCCUGUGUUUGAGGAUUUGGCGUCGUUCUUUAUGGAUAGGUUCACGUCGCAGCCGCGCAUCGGGGCUCGGAAUUGGUCAUCUUCUGCCCCGGCGGCCGUGGAGACGCCGCCAAAUGCAGACUCGGAAGUGACCUUCACCGCGGCGCGAGUAAGAGGAGGCUUCGUCCUUGUGAAAUUUGGCGCGAAUGACUUUGAGACGGCCAAGAAUUGGCUAGGGGGUAUCUUACGUGACGAGGGGACCAUUCUUAAAGAGUUUGGAGAAGAGUCUUUGAUGUGUCUAUGACCCUCGUCUCUUUCUGCUUUUGUUUUCUGCUAUUAAAAAGUACUUAUUGUUAUCCUGUCUUCAGCGUGACUUGAUCAUAGCAAGUGCCGCGCUGAAGGUUCCGAUGAGACACAUUAUUGAUACCCUGAAUUAUCCUGCAUCAACGCAUUUAUAUCAUUGAUUGGUAUGAAGCAUUCAAUGAGACGAUUUACUCCACGCUGGGAUAUAUCCGAGCAUUGUUGAC